CGCUCCGCUUGCCGUGCGGCAUCAGGUCCCGUCCCGGUUGUUGACUUGCGAUAUUGCCCGGUAGCUUCACGGGCUGUGUUUCAACCUUCCGGCCGCCAGCCUCAACACACCACCCCCGCCCGCCCGACCGACCGACCGACCACCCGCACCAAUGUCGGCCGCCAACUGCCUGAGGUGCCUCGUGCGCCCCUCGGCCGUGGCCCUGGUCCCCCGCCAGAUCCUCCAGGUCGGUGGUGGCAGCCUCACCUUCACUGCGACCGCCGCAACCAAGGGCGCCUCCACGGCCAACACAGGAGGGCGAUCGAACGCGAACCGCCCCCAGAAGCUGCGUUUCAAGAAGACCAAGAAGAAGAAUGUCUCAUCCCACUCGGGCAAGCCGCCUCUGCCCGGUGAGCGCAAGGCCUACCGCAAGAAGAUCGUGCUCAGCAACAACAACGCCCUGCCCGUGCCCGGCCUCGAGAACCUGCGCCCCAGCGACCUGUCCAAGCAGAAGAAUGCCGGCACCGUCAAGGCCCUGCCCGAGGACAUUGUCGACGCCCUGCGCGCCAUGGAGGCCUUCAAGCCCACCCAGUGCUGGGGCAUCUUCCGCCAGCCCUCGGUGCUCAUCCGCCAGGAGACGGUCGACCUGACCAAGAAGAUGGAGGCCGCCGGUGCCGACGGCAAGACGAUCCGCAUGGUUAUUGAGGGCAACAGGAUAACGGGCAAGAGCUUGAUGCUGUUGCAGGCCAUGACGCAUGCGUUUAUGAACGACUGGGUGGUGUUGCACAUUCCCGAGGCCCAAGAACUAACCACCGCCGUAACCGAAUACGCCUCCAUCGAAAAUUCUCCCCUCUGGACACAACCGACCUACACCCUCAAGCUCCUGCACGCCUUCAAAAAGGCCAACGAGAAGGUCCUCUCGCGCAUGAACACGGUCUACUCGCACGCCGACCUGCCGCAAAUCAUCCCCAUCAACUCGCCCCUGAUGCAGCUCAUCAACAGCGCCAAGGAGGCCGACGGCGCCUGGACCGUCUUCCAGGCUCUGUGGCGGGAACUCAACGCCGAGAACGUGCCGGGCCGCCCCCCGAUCCUUUUCAGUCUGGACGGCCUCGCCCACAUCAUGAAGGUGUCGGACUACCGCAACCCGGCCUUUGAGCUGAUCCACUCGCACGACCUGGCGCUCGUCAAGCUCUUCACCGAUUGUUUGAGUGGUGCCCACGUGAUGCCCAACGGCGGCGCCGUGCUGGCCGCCACGACGCGCGGAAACUCGCCGAGGAGCGCGAGCAUGGAGUUGGCGAUUGCCCAGCGGGAAGCCGAGAAGGCUGCUGAGGAAAUCCCCCAGCGGGACCCCUAUGGCAAGAAGUACGAUGAUCGCGUGGAGGCGGUCAUGAAGAGCGUGGACAUCUUGAGGCUCAGGGGUGUCAGCAAGGCGGAGGCGCGCGGUCUGUUGGAGUACUGGGCUGCUAGUGGUGUGCUGAAGAAGAGGGUGGAUGAGAGCACGGUUAGUGAGAAGUGGACGUUGAGCGGGAAUGGUGUAGUGGGUGAGAUGGAGAGGGCUUCGCUUUUGACUAUGAAGGCUUGAGUUUGAGUCUGAGACGUGAGGUCUGAGGGGUGGGGGGAGUAUAUAGAUAGGUGUGUGUGUGUAUGUGUGUGUGAUAGAUAGGUAUGUAUGGACUCUUUGUAACUCUAGAAAAUAGGGGUUAGUUGUUGUGUAGGAUUGAAAAUAUCAGCCUGUAUUUUUAGUA